AUGAUAUCAAAUCGGAUGGACAUAGAGAAUUGUAUUGUUUGUCUAAAGGAUCAAUUUCCAAACCAAGCUCAUGAUGAGUGCAUUCUAAACACACUGAAUUUCUUCUCCUUUGAAGAGCCACUGGACAUAACUCUGAUGUCUCUGGCUCAUCUCUUUUCCCUGGUCACAGCUUUGGUGUUUUCAAUCUUCAUUAAGCAAUGGGACACUCCCAUUGUCAAAGCCAACAAUCACAACCUCGCCUAUCUUCUACUUGUCUCCCUCUUUCUCUAUUUCCUUUGCUCAGUUCUGUUCAUUGGACACCCCAAUAAGGUGACAUGCCUCCUCCGACAAACAACAUUUGGCAUCAUCUUCUCUAUUGCUAUUUCGUCCAUUUUGGCCAAAACCAUCAUAGUCAUCGUUGCAUUUCUAGCCUCAAAGCCAGGAAGCCUAUUUCACAAAUGGGUGGGCCAAAAGUUGGCCUAUUCUAUUGCCUGGUUCUGUUCCUUCCUUCAAGCAGGUAUUUGUAUUGUUUGGCUGAGUACAUCUCCCCAAUUUCCACAUUUGGACAUGGAGACUCUCCGUGGAGAAAUCGUAGUAGAAUGUCAUGAAGGCUCCAUCACCAUGUUUUACUGUAUUUUGGACUACUUGGGCUUCUUGGCUCUUCUCAGUUUCACUGUGGCCUUCCUAGCCAGGAAGUUGCCAGACAGUUUUAAUGAAGUCAAGUUCAUCACUUUCAGCAUGUUGGUUUUCUGCAGUGUUUGGCCGACCUUUGUCCCCACCUACCUGAGCACCAAAGGGAAGUACAUGGUGGCCGUGGAGAUCUUCUCUAUCCUGUCUUCCGGUGCUGGCUUACUGGGCUGA